CUUUCAUAUUAAUUAAAAAUGUUGGAACCGAAAAUAAACAAUAUACUUUAUUGAUUAAAAACAAUUCAAUAUACAAAUUAACGUCAUGGACAUAAUACUUAAUUGUAAUUUGUACUUGUUUUCUGUAUUUUCCAUUAUAUGAUAGCGCGUGUUAAUGGUACAGCCGUUGCUAUGCAACUAGUUAGUACAACAAAAAAUGUAUCAAAUUGAAGAGUAACAUAUGUUAAAAUUGACAACACGUUCUAAUUGUAAUUAACAAUGGCAGAUGAUGUGAAGCCAGAAGUAAUUAAGAAGACACAAGAUCUUCUUGGAAAAUAUUUCAAAAAGCCUCCACUGACUGAAAAACUUUUAAAGAAACCACCGUUCAGAUUUCUUCACGACAUUGUAUCAGCGGUGAUCAGGGAAACUGGUUUCUUAGAUGGGUUAUUCACUGAAGAAGAACUGAACUCUGAGAAUAUAAAUAAUAAAGAAGCAAAACUUGCAUAUUUAACAAAAUUAAUUGACGUUGUCAAACUAGCUACUGGUACUAAUUUAACUGUAAGAGCCAGUAAAAUAAUUUCUGGCCAGGAACCAACUAAGACAAAUGAAUUACUACAAACAAUUGGAAAAGCUUUAGAUAAGAAGAUAAAUAGUACUGAAGCUAUAGAACAUUAUAAAAAAAAUUUAGAGAAAGGUAAAUCAACAUCAAAAAGUAAAUCAUCAACUAAGAGAGAGGAGAAAAAGACAUCAAAAGAAGUCCAUCAAAAAAGAGUUACAACUGGUAGAGAUAAGACUUCUGAUCAAAGAAAAAAGAAUGAACAUAAAGCAGAAACACAUAAUAUGGAAACACAUAAAGAUGAAAAUCGAGAAUCUCAAAAAGAUAUUGAAAUUACACAAACUUCAUCAACACAGGACAAAGUUCCUUCGUCUGCACAUAGAAGGAGAUCUUCAUCUGCUAAACCUAAACCCAGUACAUCUUCCAUACUUUCAUCUGAAACUACUCUCAUACAAGAAGAUGUAAAUGUGGAUAAAAAGCCAAAUGAAAACAAAAAGCAAAAAGAGGUUGACAACAAAUCUAAACAAACAACAUAUAAUGAAAGCAGUGAAUCUCAGAAUCAUGUACAGAAUGUAUCAGACACCAUGUACUUAGAAACUAAAUCUAUAAAUAACAAAAACAAUAAAGUUAAUGAAAGUAUGGAGAACACAACGGUGGAACAUAAAGACACUGAAAUGAAAAAUGAAAUUUCUAAUCAAAAUGAAGAAAAGUUUGAUAAUUUAGUAUUAGAGACUCAACAAUCUCAAUUGGAACACAUUGACACAAGUGCUUCACAAUCAAAUACUAGACCAAAAACUUCUCUACGCCCACCAUCUGCAAGACCAAUUAGUGCUAGACCUGCUGCGCCUAGACUACGGGGAAAGCCCGAAUUAUCUGUUAAUGAAGAAAUACUAACGCCUAUGGGAAAUAUAACUGUUAUUGUAGAAAAUUCUGAAAGUAAAGAAGAUGAUGAUGCUGAAGAUAUGGUAGUUAUGGAAACCAGAGGUGGUGGCGGUGAUUCUCUAGAGAAUAGUGGUACAUUCAAAGUUGACGAUCAAUUGACGCAAGAACAUGGACAUCUUGUUGCCCAAAUAUUAGAAACGCAAAAGGAACUUGUUAAUAAUGAAAAUAUAGAUGUAAUGCCUAAGAAAACAAACAUUGCAUGGGAUACCAGUUCAAAGCGUGACACAGUUAUUAAAGAGGUUGAUAAACUUCGUAACACAAUCCAAACUCUAACCCGUGCAACAAAUCCACUAGGAAAGUUGUUAGAUUAUUUUCAGGAAGAUGUUGAAAUAAUGCAAAAAGAAUUAUUAGAAUGGAGAACUCAAUAUCAACAAGUGAGCGAAAAAUUAAAGUCAGAAAAAAUAAAAACACAAGAGUUAAUAGAACCUAUGAAAGAAACAUUACAUGAAAUUGAUCAAAACAUGAAAAUACAAUUGGACAAAAUAUGUCAAAUAAAAUCACAAAUAAUGAAAAAUGAUCAACGAAUACAAACGUUAUUAAACGGCCGUGUGUGAGCUUUACUCUACGAUGUGUUUAUGACAGAAAUCUUCACUUUUUUCUUGUUUUAUUUGUAUAUACACUGUAUAUAUGUAAGAUAACCAAAUGUAUAAUAUAUACUGUAAUAUGCCUCAUUAAACAAUACAACGUAAAAUUAUUUUUUAUGAACUAAAUUGGUGCAUGUUAAGCUUCUUUUAGAUUUCGUAUUUAGUUUGUAAAAGCGCAAUUUCAUUUAGUGGUAU